AUGGGAGAAUAUAUGACUUUAAAAUCUAUGAAGAACACCUUUUUAUGUCAGAAGGAGAAAUCAAAGUCAUCAGUAAAUUUUUUGGAUUUAUCCUCAAGCUCGAGUUCGCCAGUUGUGGAUGGUGUUUGUUUUGUUCCUACUUCAGAAGAUGAUCACCAUUUGUAUAAACGAAGGAGGAUGGACAAGAAAUGUCAUUUUGUUCCGACAAAUGCAAAUGGAAAUAAGAAUAGGAGUACAAGCAGAAAUGCGAUCAAGAGUGCAACAGAUGGAAAUGCGAGGAAAAGAACAACCAGAAGUUCUGCAACUUUUGAAGAUAUUUCGCCCCGGGUCCAAAAAUUUGGGAAAGCACUUAUUGUUCCUUCAGAUGGAGAAGUUUCAAAAUCUGAAACAAACAUUGUUGAAUAUACAAAAGAAUAUAAAGAUACCGCAGAAGCUUCUAAAAGUUCUUGGAAAAACUCGUCGGUGUCACUUUCUACUGUGGAUGAUAGGAAGUCAAUUUCCAUAUCAAGCAGGCCAUCUUAUAUAAAUCACAAGGUACAGGAUUCCAGGGAGUCUGAUACAGAAUCACUUAUGGAGUUAACAUCAAGGGAGGUUUGCAUAUCCUUGCUCGAAAGGGAUAUAGUUCUCAUCGAAAAAUCAGAGCUCAGCAGCACAUCAACUACAUUAACCCAUGAUGAUAAUGAAAGCAACACUUUAUUUGCAUGCAAGAGUUGUGGGUCUUUUGAAGAUCCAUGCCGCAUGUUAAUAUGUGAUCGUUGUGAAGAAGCAUUCCACUUGCUUUGCUGCCACCGUCGCAUCAAGAAAAUACCAGAUAAUGAUUGGUAUUGCCUGGAUUGUUCAAGGAAGAAACCUAAGAGGCAGCGUGAGAUGUUGCCGAGUACAAAAGGAUCAGCCAAGCAUAUUCAAAGACCUCUCCAAGUUCUUGGCUCAAAAGGAGAUAUGUUGACGAAUGCUGAACCAUAUGAAACUCAAGUAAGGAUUGGUAGAGACUUCCAAGCAGAAGUUCCAGAGUGGUCCGGUCCAAUUUCUGGCAGUGAUGACUAUUUUGUUGAACCUGCUGAACUUGAUGCCACUGAAAUGACAAAUCUGAGUUUGCAGUUGUCACUAAGGCGUGAGGACAAGAAAACCAGCAUUGGUAACUGGAUUCAGUGCCAAGAAGUCUUGGACACAGGUGCUAUUUGCGGCAAGUGGCGGAGGGCACCACUUUUUGUCGUUCAGUCGAGCGAUUGGGAUUGCUCAUGUUCAGUUCUUUGGGAUCCAAUUCAUGCUGAUUGUGCUGUUCCGCAGGAAUUGGGUACCGCUGAAGUGCUUCAGCAACUGAAGUACAUAAAUAAGCUGAAGCUGCGUCUGGACAGUUAUAAGCAGAAACGCUGA